AUGAAAUUUCUUUUUUGGAAUAGCAAAGGAACAGGAUCAAAAGCGUUUCUGAGUUUGAUCUGUGAACUCUCUAAAAAACAUAAUAUUGACAUCUUGGCUAUUCUUGAAACCAUAUCAAGUGGUAAUAAAGCAACAAAGAUCACCCAAUCUCUGGGCUUUGAUAAAUUCUCUUUGGUUGAUGCUCAUGGCUAUAGUGGGGGUUUGUGGGUGCUAUGGAAGAAGACUGCUUGGAGUUGUAGAAUCAUUAGUACUCACGAACAAUAUAUUCACUUUUACAUAGAAGACGGCACCACUAAAGCUUACUUCACAGCUAUCUAUGCUAGCCCUAAUCCUAUUAAACGACGGACUCUUUGGCAGGCAUUGGGGGAGAUACAUAAGUAUAUUGAUGCUCCUUGGCACAUUGGCAAGGAUUUCAACAGUACGUUAUAUGUGCUUGAGAGCGCUUCAACGUCACGUGUGGGCUCUACCAUUGAUUGCAACUUCAGUCUAUGGGUUACAGACUUGGGGUUGAUUUCUUUGGCUAUUGGGAUAUUUUUUUGGGCUAGUGCAUCUAAUUAA